UUCAGAACCAGAAGGAGGCUCCUCUUGCUCAUUCCGUUAUGAGGCCUAGAGUUGACCCCAUUACUAACUUUAGAGGCAGAAGCCGAUUUGGUUUGCCUCCGCCCUCCAAAUUCAGAAGCGGACACCUCCCGUCGACUGCAAUUCCGAUGUCCAGAACCAUUCCUGGCAAUGUUGGUGACAGCCGCUCCGCUUCUGACAAUGACAUAACCACUGAGUCUGAUGAAGAUGAUGUUUAUGGUGGACGGUAUUCCCUUGAUUCCUCUCCUCAAGACGAAAGAAUCCCUAAUUCCACUGCUACUGGGCAAAGAUAUGGAAAUGCUGCGCUAAGACGUACGCUUUAUGCUACUGAUUAUGUGUACUCUGAUGUUAGUUCGUCAAUGGAGACGGUGGCGGGGAGAGGUGGAACUGUGGCGGAGCGGUUGGUUGGAGGGAACGGGAGGUAUGAGGUUCGAAGGAGUGGUUGCACAGAGGAUGAUGAUGAGGAGUCAGAUUCGGCUACUAGCUCCGAGUUUUCUACCACUCAAGCAGGUAGUGUUAGUAGUGCUUUGCCUAGGAGUAUGCUUCGUGUUUCUGAGGGUUAUGCUUCGAGUGUGCCUUCUUUGGCAAAUGUUGAAAGCAUUUCGCGAAAGGAUUUUCAUUCCAGGAACCUGCAGAAUGAGAAAUUUUCUUAUGAUGAUGAUGUUCCCAGUGCACCUCCAUUUUGUGGUUCUGCUCAGGAAAUUAAAGAAAGUGCCACACUAGCAUCUGGAGUGCAUAAAACCAUACACAUCACAGAUUCCUGUGGUUUUUCUACCAAUGAUGACGAAAAUAAAAUCAAACCUAUGUCUGGAGCUCAACCAAAGGAAAAUUUGGGAAGCAAGAAUCCCGAUCAGUUUGUAAGAACAACUGCCGGUUCAGAAGCUGCCAUGCCUUCUGGUUCAAACCCAGCUCGGCUGCCAACAUUCCAUGCAAGUGCAUUAGGGCCAUGGCACGCUGUGAUUGCAUAUGAUGGAUGUGUGCGGCUUUGUCUUCAUGCUUGGGCAAGGGGAUGCAUGGAAGCUCCUAUGUUCUUGGAAAAUGAAUGUGCUUUGCUGCGGGAGGCAUUUGGUUUCUAUUUCUUGAUCUGCAGUGUACAGAAUGUUCUAUUGCAAUCAGAGGAGGAAUUACUUGCAAAGCGCUCUUCUGAGCUUGUUAAUGAGGGAGCCACUCCAAAACCUAAGAAAAUCAUUGGGAAGAUGAAGGUGCAAGUGCGUAAAGUGAAAACAGUUCUUGACCCUCCUACUGGCUGUAGUAUGUCAUCUCUGACUCUUAGGGCACCAAAGCUAAAACUCGAAUCUGUCCGAUAUCGUUUCUCCAAGCUGCAAUUAACACUUUCUACUGCUUGGCAAGCUUUUAGAAAAAUUCGUGUUGCACCUCGCCUACCUGCAAAAGGUUCCUUCUCCCAUCAAAGCUUGGCAUAUGUGCAUGCCAUCCCUAAGUAUAUAAAACAAGUGUCUGGACUACUGAAAAUUGGUGUAACAAGUCUACGUAACAGUUCAUCAUCAUAUGAAGUUGUGCAAGAAACAUACUCUUGUUUGUUAAGACUGAAAAGUUCAGGCGAAGAAGAUGCCAUCCGGAUGCAGCCUGGAUCUGGUGAAACCCAUGUGUUCUUUCCAGAUAGUCUAGGAGAUGAUCUAAUUGUUGAAGUCCAAGAUUCCAAGGGGGAUUAUUAUGGCCGCGCCCUUGCUCAAGUUGCAGCUAUUGCUGAUGACCCAGCUGAUAAGCUACGAUGGUGGUCAAUAUAUCGAGAGCCAGAACAAGAGCUUGUAGGCAAACUACAACUCUACAUUAAUUAUUCCACAAGUUCAGAUGACAGUGAUCUCAAGGGUUACUAUUCACGACACUAUUCAAGUCAAAUUGUUGACUUUCUUAUGCUUAAUAGGUAUCUUUCCUAUAUAAUGGAUGUAGCUACGCCCACAGCUGACUGUCUGACAUUGGUAUAUGAUUUAUUAAUGCCUGUGAUUAUGAAGGGCCAUAGCAAGAGCACUUUGAGUCAUCAAGAGAAUCGACUAUUGGGAGAAAUCAAGGAUCAGAUUGAACAGAUUCUUGCUCUAGCAUUUGAGAACUACAAGUCUCUUGAUGAAUCAUCAUUACCGGGUAUUAUGGAUGUUUUCAAGCCGGCAACCGGGCUUGCAGCACCUGCACUGGAACCUGCUGUGAAGCUAUAUACUCUUCUUCAUGACAUAUUGUCUCCUGAAGCACAAACAAAUUUAACCCAUUAUUUCCGGGGUGCUGCCAAAAAAAGAUCAAAAAGGCACUUGACUGAGACAGAUGAAUUUGUUACCAACAACAAUGAAAUCACUUUGAUGGAUUCUGUUGCAAUUUCCACAGCCUACCAGAAGAUGACGUCUCUUUGUUUGAAUAUUAAAAAUGAAAUUUGUGCUGACAUUGAAAUCCACAAUCAACAUGUACUUCCCAGGUGCUUGCUUGAUUUCUGGGCUGGUCUUUUCUAUGAUCUGAUGCCAGAUAUCACAGAGCUUUGCAAUAGAUUGCGGGCCUUCCUGCUUGCGUGUCCUCCAUCUGGUCCUUCACCUCCUGUAGCAGAACUUGUUAUUGCAACGGCUGAUUUUCAGAAAGACCUUGCCAACUGGAAUAUUGGUCCUGUGAAAGGUGGAGUUGAUGCAAAAGAGUUAUUCCAUUUGUAUAUCAUGCUAUGGAUUCAAGACAAGCGCCUUUCCUUGCUUGAGUCAUGUAAACUAGACAAGGUAAAAUGGUCAGGAGUCAGGACACAACAUUCUACUACUCCCUUUGUUUAUGAGAUGUAUGACCGUCUUAGAGAGACCCUAGACAAUUAUGAAGUCAUCAUUUGCAUGGCCAGAAUAUGUUUUUGUGCUAGAAAAUGCUAUUGCUGAUGUUGAAAAGGCCAUUGUGGAAGCUUUGGACAAACAAUAUGCCAAUGUGCUAGCACCAUUGAAGGAGAAUUUGACACCUAAGAAAUUUGGCUUCAAGUAUGUCAAGAAGCUUACCCAAAGAUCUGUAUGCUCAUAUACUG